UUCGAUCCAUCCGAGAGCAUCCUGAGCAACAGCAGGACUAAAUAUACGUCCUUGUGGAUCAUCAUGCCUUCUCUACCGGAGGUGACGUCAGCCCCAAUCGAUGGCAAUAAAUACCGUUAGGACACGAGUUGGCGGCUACCGCCACCAAGAGAGAGAAGAAAAAGAUCAAUCGAAGUCGGCGAUGUCGGCUAGGGGGAAGGUUUGGAAGCCAAAACUCGAAACCGCCACACCACCAACAAAACCCUCGAUCCCAAAUCCCGUACAAACUUACUCCAGCGCCCGAUUCCCCUCCGAAUCGAGCUCCAAUUCCCUCAAGUCCUGCCGCGAUCCCAUUGUUUCCAAUCAAGAACAAGUUCCGACCCAGAGGAUACCCGAGCAGCGGGACGAGAACGAGCUCCAAGAACAGCGGGAUAAGAAGAAGAGGAGCGAGGAGGAUUCAACGGCGGAGUUGAAUUCUCAGCGAGCCGAGGCCUCCUCGGUUGGUGGUGGAGAUUUUGAUGAAGCUGUCGGGAGAUUGGAGAAGCUUCGGAUUAGUGGAGAAGAGCCGGAAUUGUCGGAAGAACAAAUACGGACGAAUGACCAGCUGCAAGAGGAUGAGGUUCUGGCAUUGGAAGCAAUUUAUGGGGACAAUGUUAUCACCUUGGAUAGGAAAAGAGGUUUACGAUCCUUCCAGAUUUGUAUCCAUUAUGACGUUCCUGAUGACAUCAGCAUAUCUGCCAAGCUCCACUCAUCCAGCAAAAAGUUAAAAUCUGGAGUAAAAGGUCGAGAUGGCAGGACAGAAUGUGAUGAAUCUGAUGAAUUUUUGUAUACGUUUAGUGUUCGACACCUGCCCCCAAUUAUAUUGACAUGUUUAUUACCUCGAUCAUAUCCAAGCCAUCAUCCUCCCUAUUUCACAAUCAUGGCACAGUGGUUGGAUGCUCUGAAGAUUUCCAAUCUUUGUCACAUGCUGGACACCAUCUGGAUGGAGCAAACAGGGCAGGAGGUUAUAUAUCGAUGGGUAGAAUGGCUGCAAAAUUCUUCUCGCUCAUACCUUGGGUUUGAUAAUGGAGUAAUGCUUGAUCUAUAUGAUAUCUCGGAUGUUCAAGACAUGCGUGCCAUUUCAAGAAGUGUCUCGCCAGAGUCUAUCAUUCCUUCAAUAAUUAGUUACAACAAUGAGAAGUGUCAUGAAGAUUUUCUGAACAAUCUACAUCAAUGUAUUAUUUGUUUUAGUGAGUAUGCAGGUUCAGAAUUUGUCAAACUUCCAUGCCAGCAUUUCUUUUGCUGGAAGUGCAUGGAGACUUAUUCCAAUAUGCAUGUGGAGGAGGGAACAGUAACUAAGUUGCUAUGUCCUGAUGCUAAAUGUGGAAGUCUUAUUCCACCUGGUUUAUUGAAACGGUUGCUAGGGAGUGAAGGCUAUGAACGCUGGGAAUCCUUGCUACUACAGAAAACAUUGGAUUCGAUGCCUGAUGUUGUCUACUGUCCAAGAUGUGAAACUGCAUGCUUGGAAGAUGAGGACCACCAUGCUCAAUGUUCAAAGUGUUUCUUCAGCUUUUGCACCCUCUGCAGAGAACGCCGUCAUGUAGGAGUAAAAUGUAUGACUCCAGAAGCAAAGCUACUUAUUUUGCAGGAGCGGCAGAAUUCAACUCGACUAAAAGGAGAUCAGUUGCACAGAGAGCGUGAGAUCAUAAAUGAGAUUCUCAGUGUUAGGGAAGCACUUCGUGAUGCUAAACAAUGUCCAUCUUGCAAGAUGGCAAUCUCACGAACAGAAGGCUGCAACAAGAUGGUAUGCCAAAAUUGUGGGCAGUUCUUUUGCUACCGCUGUAACAAGGCAAUUGACGGAUAUGAUCAUUUUAGGGAAGAAUGUGAACUUUUUCCCCGUGAAGAAAUGGAGAGAUGGGAAAUGCAUAUGAAUCCUAGACAAGUGGCCGCACAGAUACAAGCUGAACUAUUUGCUGAUGUUGGUCAUCCAUGUCCAAAUUGUCGACAACUAAAUGCCAAGGUUGGAAAUAACAAUCAUAUCUUUUGCUGGGCUUGCCAAACUCAUUAUUGUGCACUAUGCCGGAAAGUCGUGAGGCGGAGCUCGCAGCAUUACGGGCCUAAAGGUUGCAAGCAGCACACUGUUGAUCCUUCAUGAUGGCUUUUGUGGUUGUUUAUCCAUUCUGUUGACCAGAGAUACAGAUCAACUUUCUGAUGGCAUGGCUGAUCAUGUUGAUGACAGUGAAGCAGGUUUAUCUUCAUUCUAGCCGGUUGUUGUCUAGCCCAAAGGAGGAGUGAUCAUGUUAUAAUGUAGGAAGACAGCCAUAGAAAGUGAUUGAAAUUGCUUUCACAUUCAAUGAUUGAUGUAUAUUGGCUGUUGGCAAAUAAAAUCCUGUAGUGAGCUUGAUUUUUGCUGAAUUUUUCAAUGAUCUUGUUUUCUAUUAAGUUAGCAUCUUUAUAAUUAUAGUGUAUUUCCAAUAUGGCGUGAGGACAACCUCUGCUUCUGGAUCAGCUGAGCAGAAUUUUGAUACACAAUGACCUUCCAUAUAUAUCGGGGUUGGAAUGAUUUUAAGAGUA